GACAUAUGAUUUUGUUAUUUUGUUAGGUUGGCUGAGCAAAUUAAGGCUCCAUGAAAGAGUUGUAGUGAAUAGUUUUGUUGUCAGAGCCAGUGAUUGGCUCGGAUCUGGGACUAGUAAGUUCUUAAAGUGGGUUCUAGAUUCAGGGGGGGGGACAGGUUUUCCCCUCAUUAGACUUUAGAAAUUUUUUGACUGAUUUGAUUUGUCUUAAUCCCUUUACAUCAAGCACUUGGUCUGCCGGCUUCCUUUAUUUCCAGCCCUUCUUGAACCUCGAUCAGUGACCUGCCACAAAGUAGAACACCACAAUGGAGCCCGCAAAGAAGGAUAAUGUCUGCGAGCUAUUGGCAAACUAUGGCCAUCUAAAGCCAUCAUUCGUCGGCAAGUUACCUGCCGUCGUUAUCUUGAUGAUUAUAAAGCUUGUCUUGACAUGUAAUGACAUGUGCUUCCCGAAUCGCCCCGAUAUCAUUAAAGCCUUUGAUACCGAAGCAGAAAUGAUGACCCUCUUGUACGCCGUCGAUUACUUCACCAAAAACGUCCGAAAAGCCAAGCUGGACCACAAUUCUGUUGAUAAGUUCCCUCAAUUGGCCCCCGAAGAAUUUCUCCAGGGAAAAGGCUUUGAAAACAGACCUCGGCCACAAUUUGUUUGCGAGCCCUUCGGACUUGGAAGAUAUUUUACUGUGCUGAAUAUCACACAUCUUGAUUUGAGAUUAAGUGAGACCAACAAAAAACCAUUGGUAGCCAAAUUGAAGAAGCAUAUGAUGAUAGGCAAGACACACGAGUUGAAUCAAUACUUCGUUCAGCUUGCGGGUCAGCUGAAGUACUUGCGUGUUAUCAGAGGACUGUUCACCCGCCAAACCACAAAAUUUCAGGUCGCUUUGAUUUUGCAGUUUUUAAGACAUGCCAAACAGCUCCUCGAGUUUGUUGUUAUCGAUAUCCCCUCCGAUAGCGAGUCAUUCAUGAAGGACUCCGAUGACAGUCUGUGCAAGCUCAUGGGUGGCGUCAGUUCCAUCUUUGAUGCACCUUCCAAGAGAACCUAUCCCAUGGGCAAUGGAGUAUAUUCAGAUGACGUUGUUGCUGAAGCGAGAUUUACAUGGAAGGCAGCUGGAGGCUUAAAGGCGAAUGCUGCCAAGAUUAAUAACGUCAUGAAAUUAAUCUCAAAGAAGAGCGGACAAAAGCAAAAAUACCACGGAACGUUCGGAGACAAUUCGGAUAAACACUGGCACGAAUGCUCCAAGCGAAUCGGUGAGUAUGAAGGAAAGUACCCUUGCAUUCAGUGCAAUUUUGAAGCUUGUGACAAAUGCGGGCUUUAAUUAUGUCAACGGGAAGCGUACUCUAGAUUGUGCAUCGCUCUUUGGUGGCACUCUCAGGGUUGAUUCAUUCGUUUCCAGGGGUGUGGUAAGAUGGUCAUAGAUACAAAGCUUGGAUUUUCUAGAAUAGCCCACGUACGAUAGAAGCAUUCCAUGGUGUAGCUUCAUGGAUAUUCUCUUGGUUGAAUACGAUCAUCAGUUCUUGGGCA